AUGACCUCUAAACCACCCCAGGCUGGGCAAGCCUUCUUCGACCGCAUACCAAGCCAAAGCAAUGCUGAAGCGGACAAAUGCAGAGAUCUAUACGACGAAUGGGCGAGCGCAUACGAUCAGGACCUUCAGCAUGAGAGUCACGGCUACGUUGGACCUCAGGAAGCAGCCAGAGCUGUUGCGAAGCAUGGCGUAAAAGAUGGGCUGGCAGUGCUUGAUGCGGGAUGUGGUACAGGACUCUCCGGUGUAGCGGUGAAAGAGGUGGUGGGAGCAGACGUGGUUGUUGACGGAGUCGACCUGUCCACGGGAAUGCUUGAAGUGGCUAGGAAGAAGAACGUCUACCGCAAGCUUGAGGCUGCAGACCUUUCCAAACCUCUCGGCAUCGAGGAUGGUGCGUAUGGGGCUGUGGUGUGUGUCGGCACUCUCACGGAGGGUCACGUUGGACCGGUCCCAGCUCUGCGCGAAUUCGCACGGGUUACGGCGAGUGGUGGUGUGAUUGUCGCGACGAUCAAGGAGAGUGUAUGGAAGAAUGAGGGCCAUGAUAUGGAGGUCCAGCGGCUGGAAAGAGAAGGGGCUGUAAGGGUACAAAGUACUGCUUUGGCUCCUUAUCGCGCGGCACAGGAUGUCAAGGCGGUGUUACUUACAAUGGUGAAGACGUAA